UGAGAAUGAGAGGGUUUGGACAUUAGCCUAAAAAGUCCCGUGGUUUUCUCCCUUUCGAGUUUCCACGUAAAAACUGAGUGUUCAUACAUAUAUUUACUAUAUCGUGUUGGAUUAAACUCAACACUGGCGCCGUCUGUGGGAAUCUGUCCAAAAAGAUUCAUGUGUUCUACACAAAAAAAUCCAUACCAAAUGGACUGAUUUUCAGGGAAAAAGAGAAAAGAAUGACGAUUCUGGAAGAUCUGGACUGUCUGGAUCUUGUUCAAUCAAACUGCCGCCGCCGGAGCAUCUGCCAGACCGCCGCCGUGUGUCGCCGGGCUUGCUGAGUCAACUGUGGUUCGCCCGCACCGGUGGAAGUUCGCGGACAAAAUGAGGAAAUUUGGAUCUGGGUUCUGGAAUCUCAGGUUUAGGAACCCGAAGGCUCGUCGCCCAAACGCCACUUAACCGUGAGCAGGACCUCCUCCGUCGUAGUGGCACUGUUCAUCAGUCGAAGCUGGGUCCUCUGAUUGAGGUGCAGCACCGUCGUUCGUCGCCAUUAAUGGUGAGCCAGUGGUCACUCCUCGACCUGGUUAACCGCUGCUCGACCCCCAACCUCUGUCAACGUGGGUGGAUUUUUCGGCUAAGAGUUCUUGCUUUCCACCAUUAAUGGUGGCUUGGAGCUCAGGGAAGUGUACUUCGCAGUCAGCCAAACUUCCAGCGGGGACAAGAUUUUCCGACUGCCCUUGCUCUAUUGCAUCCACCGUCUCCGCCGGCAGAAAACGGCCGGCACGGCCGGCCUAUCUCUGGGUUGGUAGGAGGAUGAUUCACCUGCUGCACUCCUAAAGGCUACUCCAUAUGGCCAUGGUCCUAAGCAGACCACGUCUGCAAAAUUUGGGGCUUAGUAACGAGAGGCCAACAACGUAUUUGAAGAUUUCAUCCAAGGCUUCUUUAGCUUGGACUUUUGCAGCAGCCGGGUCCAUGCGCCAUAGGUUGAAUAAUUUUGACAACAAGGGAGCAAAUCUGACUCCACAUAUUCUGCUGGCAGACAUCUCUUUUGAAGCUAAGUAUUGAAUCUCUUGAUUACUAAUUAAAUUUCUUUGUAUGGGGUGGCAUUGUUUUAUGACUACUACUAUUAUUGUUGUUAUUCUGUGUGCCGUUUCUUUUGCAGAAAUGGUUGGAGAAGGAAAAGGAAGAUUCACAGUUGCUAUAGAUUCGGUAAGUGAGAUGUUGAGACACUCAUCCAUCCAUUCUGUCGCUAGAAUUUUAAGCCACCUCCGCUGUCAUGGACGGCGGGAGUAAUAGAUAUCAUCCGCAUGUGCUCCAAUCAAUAUUUCUGAGGUGUUUCUUAUGACCAGGUUUCAAGUGUGUUUUCCUUAUUGAAUUCGGACCUUCAUGAGACCAAAGUCACUUCUACACUUGAAUAUUUGUCUACCAUACGUGCUGAUAUAGUACCAGUGACGUCUCAGACAGUAAGUGGUCGAAGGGCUACUACCACAGAGAACCUACCAAUGAUGGAACAAAACUUUAAAAGAGGGAAGUUUCAGCGUGAAGAUAUACAGGUUGUGGAUACUGGUGUUAAAUUCACCCAUUGUAAUUUGGAAGAUGGCGAUCUAACUGCUCAAAGCCUUGUGCCCAAGGUGCAAUUUAAUCUCCUGCUAUCAGAAAAGGAACGCCUUGAUCGUGAGAAGGUUGUGCUCCCAUUUGAACACCAGGGGAAUGGUAAGCCCAUUGAAAUCUAUGAUGGCCGAAAAAUUCUUAAUGGCACGGAGAAAAACAGAAAUAUUUCUGAUAAGAUGCUUCAAACAACUGAGGAUUCUGGCAGGGGUGAAAUAAUCUAUUUUCGAGAUUCAGAUGAUGAAAUGCCAGAUUCUGAUGAAGAUCCCGAUGAUGAUUUGGACAUAUGAUUUUCUUGUCUGUGUUUUCCCCUUGUUUUUGCAUUUUGAGUGAUUAAAGUCAAAUUAAGUCAUGCAGAGAUGGCCGAGCCGACCAUUGUAUUUGUACCAAUGGCCAAUGCCAUGAGCCCAUGAACAUAUCAAAGUGGUCGAUACUGUUUCAGAUUGUAUCCAAUGUUCUAUUGGGCAUACUUUUGUUAUUUAAUAUUCAUUUUAGCCGUUAUUAAAAGUCCCUUUUAACUCUUACUGAAAAAUGACCCUGCGCCAGAUCAUACUUUUUGAGAUUUAUGAAUAGAAUAAAUUUCACUUUUGG